CGGCCCCUGGGGUGAUAAAACCCUAACACCGAGCCGAGCAGAGGAAAGCAAGUCCCCUUUCGCAGUGGUUGGCCUCCCGACCCCUAUCUUCUCUCCCACUAAUCCCCCCCAUUCCCCUCGCUGCCGCCGCCGCCGCCGCCGUCGUCGCCUGCCCAAGAUGAAUGUCGACAAGCUGAAGAAGAUGGCCGGUGCCGUGCGCACCGGGGGCAAGGGCAGCGUGCGCAGGAAGAAGAAGGCCGUUCACAAGACCACGACCACUGAUGACAAGAGGCUUCAAAGCACCUUGAAGAGAGUAGGAGUGAACACCAUUCCUGGUAUUGAAGAGGUCAACAUUUUCAAGGAUGACGUUGUCAUCCAAUUUCAGAACCCGAAAGUGCAAGCAUCAAUUGCCGCAAACACAUGGGUAGUCAGUGGAACACCACAGACGAAAAAGCUGCAAGAUUUACUGCCGACAAUUAUCAACCAACUGGGCCCGGAUAACUUGGACAACCUGCGAAGGCUUGCGGAGCAGUUCCAGAAGCAGAUGCCUGGUGGUGAGGCUGGCGGCGCCAGCAUCGGUGCUGCCCAGGACGAUGAUGACGAUGUCCCAGAGCUCGUCCCAGGAGAGACCUUCGAAGAGGCCGCAGAGGAGAAGAAGGAACCCGAGGCGAAGAAGGAAGCGGAGCCGGAGGAGAAGAAAGAGUCGUCGUAAUCUUGUCACGCCAUUCGUUGUUGUGAAGGGUUCCUUGUUGGUUCAGGGUUGAUUGGCAUCUUAUUACUGUAUAUGCCAGAGACAUGGUCCUGUGAGAACUCUGGCCCAUCUUUCAUUUCUAGCGCUCCUCCGGUUGGUUUUGUCUCGGCCGUGGGUUGUGUCCAAACCGACGGCGGAACUGAGUUUUACGACAAUUAUCGUUUACCAUUCCAAAGUGUUUGAUAUGCACAGUUGCAAUGUUUGAUGGA